GGCUACUCGUACUCGUACAAAAUGGCCGCGAGGUCAGCCAACUGAUAUCAAACGUCAACAGUCAACCAUCACUAAACCGUGAAAAUGCCAAUAUAUUCAGUUUAAAGGUGCCCCCUAACACAAACUCGUAGUUUUAAGCAAAAUGUGCGUCGCACAAGUCCCCAAGUAAGUGUCAAGUACAAACUUAACCUCAAAAUGGCCCCCGUACCAUUGGAGGGUUUACAAACUCUAGUGGCGAAUGCGGCGCCCCAAGGGGGCAUGGGCGGCCCCCAGGAGGGCAACCGCGGGGGAAUGAUCUCCCUAGCGAAGCUCAUCGACCACAUCAUCCAGCGAACCUACCACGAACUCACAGUAUUAGCGGAACUGCUUCCACGCAAAACCGACAUGGAACGCAAAAUCGAAAUCUACAAUUUCGCCACGCGGACGCGCCAGCUCUUCGUACGAUUGCUAGCGCUGGUGAAGUGGGCCAACAGCGCCUCGAAAGUGGAGAAGUCAGCCCGCAUUAUGGGGUUCCUGGAUAAGCAGUCGUUGCUGUUUGUGGAUACAGCAGACAUGUUGUCGCGGAUGGCGCGAGAGACGUUGGUGCAGGCCCGGCUCCCCAAUUUUCACAUUCCAGCGGCGGUGGAGGUGUUGACUACGGGGACAUACGGGCGGCUACCAGCGUGUAUUAGGGAGAAGAUCGUGCCCCCAGACCCCAUUACUAAUAAUGAGAAGCGCACGACCCUGUUGAGGCUGAACCAAGUCAUACAACACCGACUGGUCACCGGCAACUUGUUGCCACAAAUGAAAAAUUUGAAGAUCGAGAAUGGGCGGGUCACGUUUCACGUCCAGCACGAGUUCGAGGUGUCUUUGACCGUGAUGGGGGACGGACCCAACAUUCCGUGGCGGCUGCUCGAGAUCGACGUUUUAGUGGAAGACAAAGAAACCGGGGACGGAAAAGCCCUAGUGCACUCUUUGCAAGUCCAGUAUAUCCACCAGCUUAUCCAGACUCGUCUGGUCGAUAACCCCCAACCUUUGACGGAAGUCUACAAUUGUUUACACUUUUUCUGUCAGUCGCUUCAGCUUGAAGUUCUCUAUUCGCAGACUUUGAGGUUAAUGAGGGACCGUUUGGACGACCACAUCCACGUCGACGAGUACGUCCCUGGAAAGUGUUUGACUGUGUCUUAUUGGCGGGAAUUGACGAGCAAGGGGAAAGAAUCCGCCAAUAAGGAUCUUCGCUCUGAACUCGGUUAUCGUUUGACCAUUCAGGUGGACACUCAUGAUCCGGCGCGCCCCCUGGCGGUGCUACACGUCCCCUCCCUCGGAAACAAGGAGAGCGAAGUGGCCGACCGCGCCAUCCGCUCCGAGAUCCUCUCCAUGGAGCGCCUCCUCGUGCACACCAUCUACGUGCGCACGCGCAGCCGCCUCACCGACAUCAAGCUCGAGAUCCAGACCAUGCUCAAGGAGGUCGAGUGCAACCUGCAGGGCUCGCCGGCGAUCCUCUCCGUCGCCAUCCUCCAGCCGUGCCUGCGGGCCGAGCAGCUGCUCAUCACCGUCGACACCCACACGGGGAUGCUGCAGUGCCACGUGCCGCAGUACGAGCCGCCGCUCAUCCCCGAGCUGAACAACGCCCUCAACGGCGACCACGCCAAGCUCCCGGUGCUCAUCAGCGAGCUGAGGUUCUGGAUCACGCAGAGGCGGUGCGAGAAGACGCUCCAGCACCUGCCGGCGACGGCGCACGAGCGCCUGCCGCUGCUGCACCACGCCGACCACCCGCUGACGAAGAUCGGCAGACACAAGAUGUACGUGCAGCUGCACCGACACCCCAACGUCGUCCUGAUCGUCGAGCUUAAGGAAAAAGACUCCGCCCCGUGCGAAGUCGACUGCGCCUUUUACAUGGCUGUCGUCAAACAGUCGAGCAUCGAGGACAACCCUGACGACGACACGAUUGAGACCGAAAUCCCGAAGGUGUACCUCAAAGUGCAGACCCUCAUCGAGUUCGACACGUUCGUGGCGACUCACGGGCCUUUCACUCCUAUCGAUAGCACGUCGGACCCGGAGCACACCGACUCGGGUUCCCUCAAGCGCAAGGGCGGGGUUAGACCGGAGCAUCCGGCUCGCCGGGCCAAACAGCCCGCCUACUUCAUAGCCGAGCUGGCGCACGUGGUGGCCAUGUGCGACGAGCGGCUGCCGUACGUCGGGUUAGCCAACGAGCUGACGAAGCGCGCCAUUUUCCACCAGGGGUUGCAGGUGGAGGCCAACGCUACUGGGUUGGUGCUACGAUUGGUGCAGCUGCCCCCGCCUACCGCCGAGGUGGGGGUAGGCGGGGCGUGGCACGCCCUCUUGAAGAGGCUGCUCUCGGUGUCGAUCCGAGUGCUCAGCAAAGGCGUGAUGAAGAGCUGGAUGACGGAGUUCGUGUUUUAUGCGACGCCGCUGGCCAGUACGCACCCGAAGGAGCAAGGGUCACGGCGACCGGUGUACUUCCAGUACGAUAUGGCAACGGUGGACGCUACGUCGAGGACGGUGGACGCGCUAUUGAGUGACUGGGGGCAAAUCGUACAUUUAUACACUCUAGUGCACGACCUGAGCGAGUACUUAAAAAUCGAUAAGUACAACCUGUCGAAUAUGUUCAGUAUUAAGUCGUACAACUAUAGCAAGCUGGUACUUUGUUAUGGUCCCGAUAAGGGCGCCAUGGUCUCUAUUAACUGGAACAGCACGGAGAAGGCUUUCAAGUUGGCCUUCGGUGCCGCUAAUAGCACCCUCAACGCCCAUUCCUUGAUCAAAGAACAGCUCGAGAGCCACCUGAACGAACACCGAAACCUGGCACAAAUCAUACAAUUGUUGUACGAAACGUAUGAACCUCUCAUCUCCAUAAGUAAGCUCCCGACGCUCCCCCAGCUGGGUAUCCAGAAUACGCGCCCUCAGGUCCCGGUCCAGACGUUCACGAUAAUGGCGCAGUCGUGCACUCUCAUCCGGUUAGCGUACCAGGGAAUGUACUGUCUCGAGUUACGUAUAAGAGGUGCAGGGUUGGUCUCUUUGAGGGACGGCGCCUACAGCAGGUUCGACCGUAGCAACGUCGUCGACGUCUUCACCCCCACGCAAGGACUAAAAGCCUUUUUGUCUAAAUACGUAGACGAAACUGCGGUAUUCCGGCGAAGAUCGCAGUCCGAAGACGACAAUCCGCCGUCUCCGGUGUCCGUGGAAGUCGAAGGAGGCGGAUUUUUAGGUCAUCACCGCGGUCCCCAAUCCCCGGCCGGGACUCGCGAGCCGGGGUUGCGUUUCCACCCCCCGCUCACCCCUCCGUCUGGUUCCAACCCCCACACCCCCGCCAGUCCCCACACCUCGAGCAUGAACCAACCCAACACCCAUACUAGUUUUGGUUCGAGUCCUGCCACGUCUUUCAAUUUGUCGUCGCCGACGUCCCUUCCCACGAAUAUCAACCCGAGUCCUAUGCCCCAUCCCAGUCCUGGUGGCUUGGUGGCUAAUUCUCCCUUGAACCCGCAACUACCGAGUCCCGGGGGAUUGUUGUCUAAUUCGUCGCCGGGACCGGUGUCCACGAGCUUGCCGGGGCACUCUCCGGUUAGUAGUUUUAUGGCGACGGGACACACCGACGGCAGCCCGUUUCCGUCGUCGCAAGGGCUGGCGUCGCCAGCCGCCUCCAACUGGCCAGGCUCCCCGAGUAUGCCGCGCCCGUCGCCCGCCAGACCAGGACAGUCGCCUGGGGGUCACCCCAUCAUGCACAGUCCGCAGUCGGAUUUGAAAACCGGAGGACACUUAUCGAGGGUCUUGCCACAGAGGUCAUGGGCAGGCGCGGUACCGACGUUGUUGACCCACGAAGCGUUGGAGACGCUUUGUUGUGCCUCCAUGCACCCGCAGGGUCUUCCCGGGCCGGAAUUAGCCCCACUGGAGCGCUUCCUGGGCUGCGUCUACAUGCGGCGACAACUCCAGAGGUUCAUACACAACGAAAGCUACUUGACGGCCAUCCCGAACACCGAACCCGGGGUUAUCCAUUUUAAAGUGGCCGAGGUGCUUCAAUGUCGCAUCGGGUUGAACCCCCAACACUUACAAAGUCUCCACCUCAAGAUUACCCCCCUGUCUGACAAUAAGGACGUUUGGACUUCCGAGGAGCUCCAAGUUUUGGAGAAGUUCUUCGACACUCGGACGGCCACUCCACCGUACAAACCCACCUCCAUGUUCACGUUUUGCACCAUGUUGAACGUUCCAUGCAACGUGUUGAAGGAUUUCAUUCAAAUAAUGAAGUUAGAGUUGAUGCCGGGGUUAGUCCAACAACAGGGGAUGAAGUGGUCGGUGCAGUGGAUGCUUCGAAUACCACCCUCCGCGCAACCUAUCGUCCCCACAGGAAUGUCAGGCGUCUUGGUUUAUCGAACCAAAAUUCUCUUUUUCUUGCAAAUAACUCGCAUGGGGGUGCAGUACCCCUCGAACAUGGAACCUCCGUCGCUCAUCCUCCCCUUCAUCUACGACAUUAACACGAAUUUAACCCAAUUGGCGGAGAAGCGGGAGACGGGGUCGGUUCCAGGCAUGGCCGCCGCCAGUCAGCUCCUCAAGCACUUCACGCAGUUCCAGUCGAACAUCACCGAGUGUUCGAUUUUCCCGGCGCUGCGCGAUUUGCUGCUCAACCUCGUGCUGCCGUCGGAGCCGCAGCAGCCGAGUCCGGCGCCGGGGGCGGUGCAGCAGAUCCAGUCCCCGGCCAUGCAAGGCGGGCAACCAGGGUACCCGGUUUCCAUGCCCAUGGGCAUGAUGGGACCGCAAUGAAUGUAAAUUGUAAAUAAAGGAUCCAUGUGUAAAGAAA